AUGGCUGCAAUGAUGAGAGCUGUAAUGGCGAUAGCGACGGUGGCAGCCAUCUCUGCGAUUGCCAUGGGCGCCAACUACGACGUCGGCGGCCCCGCCGGCUCUUGGGAUCUCGCCACUAACUACACGCAGUGGGUCUCCGGCAAGGCAUUCCGCGUGGGUGACACACUGACAUUCAAGUAUGCGUCGAGCCAUGACGUGUUGGAGGUGUCGAGCGCCGCCUACAGCUCGUGCACGACGAGCAACCCCAUAUCGACGAGCACCGGCGGCAACACCGUCGUCACGCUCAACAGCACCGGCUCCAGGUACUUCGUCUGCGGAAUUCCCGGACACUGCGCUGGUGGCAUGAAGCUCCAGAUCGACGUCGCCUCCCCGACCUCAACUCGUCCUCCUUCUCCCUCCUCCACCCCCCGCUCCCCUGUUGCUCCCUCCCCGCGCUCGCCUUCUGCGCUUCCGCCGUCAUCUUCGACCCCAGGCUCCGUCCCUCCGCCGUCUGCCCCCACAACGUCGCCGCCGACACCGAGCGGCGCUUGCCUGAAGGCGAAGGCUACUCUCGGACUCGGUUCGGGAAUCGUCAUGCUGAUGCUUAUGGCCCUGUGA